AUGUUGCAAAAGGAGGAUCCAUACAUGGCUCGAAAGAGAAAUCCAACCACAGAUCAGGACAUAAUAUACGCCCAACGCAGGAGCGAUGAGGGAUAUCACAGAUUCCUUCUCGAAAGAAGAGUCUUUACGUUACCGCUGAUACUUCCAAGCCUCCCUCGUCUCCCGUACGUUGAACUCUUCGACGUCCAAGACUGCUGCAACAAAGCAACAGCCAUAUACUGGGCAGACUAUCGACAAAAGCAGGCUUGCAAUCCAACAUAUUUCACAAUGCUAAUCAAAGCCUUGAAUGUCAUCUAUCCUCAAUGGUUUCUUGUUGACGGGCACCACACUGAUAUCGAAUAUGGGCGUUUUGUCGCCAAAUUCAUCAGACUCCAAGAUGCUGAAAUACGUCAACAAACUGUCGCUGGUGUUCUGAAGGUUCAUCAAGAACUGUGCGAGAGGGUCAUCACUCCCGAUCCUCCCAUCGAAACCAUAGAGUACCAGCAUUGGACACGAUACUCUAAAUUCUACUUUAAUAUCGAUAUCAAAAAUCGUAUAUACUACAGACUUCGACCUCUGUUCCAGGCCCUCGUCAUAUAUGUCGAGGAUAUAGAACACAGGUGUCAUGAGUUACCGGUGAAGCUAAUCCGCACGGGAUUCACAGAUAGCCUCAGCGCGCCCAUCGACUUCAACGACAUCAAAUCCGGAAUCUUAUCUCAAAAUGAGGACGGAACGAUCGUGACUGUUCUCCUCCAAACAGCUAUCAAGUUCGUCAUGGCGCUUGAUGAAAGGGAAAGAAAGGCACUUCCCAGAAAAAUCGAUGAAGAAGGCCAAGAAGUCAUGAGAGUUCGACGACUCAGUAUCAUGAGGGAAAGGAUCAAGACACCAUAUAAUGGUCCGGAGCUUACUGGACCGCCGUCUUCAUGGGUUGAUACGUCGAAGUUUGAGACUGUAGUUGUGCCGUUCUCUCAUAAUUCGGAGGUGCAUGCGAGGAUCAUGAGAGGAGAGUUGCCAGGCACCCAUCCAGAGACGUAUUGA